GGACCCAGGAAUCUUCAGAAUGCUAAAUCGCUCGCAAAGGCAUCUUGCAUCAGCCUGAAGAAGUUUCUUUCCAGCCCGGCCUCUCCAUCUAGGGCGAGAAAGCGGAGUCUGUCCGUUCCCCUUAACCCAGUGGAUUAAACUUCUGAAAACCUCCUGUCUUCUUCUUCCCCUAAAAGUUCAUCUUAGCAUCCAGGGUAGGACCCAAACCAAUGGCUUCAAGUUACAAGAAAGGAGAUUCCAACUAAACAUCAGGAAGAACUUUUUGAUGGUACGAAACUGAAGAUGCUUACUCCUCCCCAGACACUGAGAGCUCUGCUGAUCCUGCUGGCUAUUCCAAGUGCUGUGAAAACUCAGGUCAAUCCAGCUGUCUGCCGCUACCCCUUGGGCAUGUCAGGCGGGCACAUCCCGGAUGAGGACAUUACUGCUUCUAGUCAAUGGUCUGAAUCCACAGCAGCUAAGUAUGGAAGGCUAGGCUCAGAAGAAGGAGAUGGUGCGUGGUGCCCUGAGAUCCCUGUGGAACCAGAUGACCUCAAGGAGUUCCUGGAGAUUGAUUUACAUGCUCUGCACUUCAUCACCCUGGUAGGGACCCAAGGCCGUCAUGCAGGAGGUCACGGCAACGAAUUUGCACCAAUGUACAAAAUUAAUUACAGCCGGGACGGCACCCGCUGGAUAUCUUGGCGGAACAGGCAUGGAAAGCAGGUGCUUGAUGGGAACACCAAUCCAUACGAUAUUGUCCUCAAGGACUUGGAGCCACCCAUCAUUGGCCGAUUCAUCCGCUUUAUUCCUGUGACUGACCAUUCCACAAAUGUCUGUCUCAGGGUAGAGCUGUAUGGUUGUGUCUGGCUAGAUGGGUUGGUUUCAUACAGUGCUCCUGCAGGGCAGCAGUUGGCUCUACCUGGUGGCACCGUGAUUUACCUGAAUGAUUCAAUCUAUGAUGGGUACAGCAUGACGGAAGGACUAGGCCAGCUGACAGAUGGGGUUUCAGGCCUGGAUGAUUUCAGCCAAACCCACGAAUACCAUGUAUGGCCUGGUUAUGACUAUGUUGGCUGGCGCAAUGAGAGCACUGCCAAUGGCUAUGUAGAAAUUGUCUUCGAAUUUGACCGGAUCAGAAACUUCACCACCAUGAAGGUUCACUGCAACAAUAUGUUUGCCAAGGGAGUGAAGAUUUUCAAGGAGGUGCAGUGCCACUUCCGCUCUGAUGCAAAUGAGUGGGAGCCUAACGCCGUCUCCUCAGUGCUGGUGUUAGAUGAUGUGAACCCCAGUGCCCGCUUUGUCACAGUGCCCCUUCUCCAUCACAUGGCGAGUGCCAUCAAAUGCCAAUUCUACUUUGCUGACACCUGGAUGAUGUUCAGCGAGAUCACCUUCCAGUCAGACGCAGCCAUGUACAAUAAUUCUGGAGCCCUUCCUGAUUCUUCAGUGACUCCCACUACUUAUGAUCCAACCCUCAAAGUGGAUGACAGUAAUACUCGCAUCUUGAUUGGCUGCCUAGUGGCCAUCAUUUUCAUCCUGGUGGCCAUCAUUGUAAUCAUACUCUGGAGGCAGUUUUGGCAGAAGAUGUUGGAAAAGGCCUCUCGCCGGAUGCUGGAUGACGAAAUGACUGUCAGCCUCUCUCUGCCCAGUGAGUCCAGCAUGUUCAACCAUAACCGCUCCACAUCAUCCAGUGAGCGAGAAUCAAACUCCACUUACGACCGCAUAUUCCCACUGGCUCCAGACUACCAAGAGCCUUCUCAACUCAUCCGCAAGUUACCUGAAUUCACCCCAGGGGAGCACGAGGCAGGUUGCAGUGGGUCUGCCAAGCCAGCCCAGCCACUCGCAGCUGAAGGGGUUCCCCAUUAUGCCGAGGCAGACAUUGUGAACCUGCAGGGGGUGACAGGCAGCAACACCUACUCUGUCCCUGCAAUCACCAUGGACUUGCUGUCUGGCAAAGAUGUGACUGUGGCCGAGUUUCCUCGAAAGCUGCUGACUUUCAAGGAGAAGCUGGGAGAAGGCCAGUUUGGAGAGGUCCACCUGUGUGAAGUGGAAGGAGGGAUGGAGCAGUUUGUGGAGAAGGAUUUUGUUCCGGAUGGCAACGCUAGCCAACCUGUCCUCCUGGCUGUGAAGAUGCUGAGAGCUGAUGCCAACAAGAAUGCCAGGAAUGACUUCCUCAAGGAGAUAAAGAUUAUGUCCAGGUUGAAGGACCCCAACAUCAUCAGGCUGCUGGCUGUUUGCAUCGCUGACGACCCCCUCUGCAUGAUCACUGAGUACAUGGAGAAUGGCGACCUCAACCAAUUCCUGUCUCGCCAGGAGCCCCAGAGCUUGUCAGAGUGCUCCACCCCUUCUGUCAGCUAUGCCAACCUGAAAUUAAUUGCCACACAGAUUGCUUCUGGCAUGAAGUAUCUGUCCUCCCUGAAUUUUGUCCACCGUGAUCUGGCUACGCGCAACUGCCUGGUAGGGAAGAAUUACACAAUCAAGAUCGCUGACUUUGGCAUGAGCCGGAACCUCUAUAGUGGAGACUACUACAGGAUCCAGGGCCGGGCCGUGCUCCCCAUUCGCUGGAUGUCCUGGGAGAGCAUCCUUUUGGGCAAGUUCACCACAGCAAGUGACGUGUGGGCGUUUGGUGUGACACUCUGGGAGACUUUCACCUUUUGCCGUGAGCAGCCAUAUUCUCAGCUCUCAGAUGAACAAGUAAUUGAGAACACAGGAGAGUUCUUCAGGGAUCAGGGACGGCAGACCUACCUUCCACAGCCUGCCUGUUGUCCUGAUCCUGUUUAUAAGCUAAUGCUCAGCUGCUGGAGACGAGACACCAAAAACCGACCCUCCUUCCAGGAAAUCCAUUGCCUCCUCCAAGAAGCAACCACUUUGUAGUGAUGCCUUUCCUUCAUGCCCUAAAUACUCUGGACCGUCCCAAUCCAUCUGCCCUCAAAAACUUACACAUAGAACUGAAGCCACUUCACCUGGACUCACAAUUUCUUUCAGCAGCGGAGUUGGGACUUUCUUUAUCAGCCACCAAAGGAAAGGAAGUAAAAAAGAUGGGAUCUGACCAGGUCUACCACACAACCUCAUUCAAGGUGCUAUACUUUGGAUUGGCAAAGACUGGGGGAAGGGAUGCUAUUUAUCUUGUAAUGUCAUAGUUUCCGGUUUGUGAAUGGGUUUUGUCUGUGAUGGGAAGAGGAAAACACGACUCUUAUUUUCCUCUGAAGGAAGAACUUGAGAUGUAGUCUGACUACACAGACUUGAGGUGGGAAUAGGCAAACACACACACACACAGCUGGGAAGAGCGCCAGCACUUUAUGCCUGGGGCUGUGUGUGUGUGAUGCAACUCUGCAUGAGUGUAGAAAAAGAGUAGAAUAUGAUACUGGAUGUAGAAUUUGGCUUCUUUAACUCAGCUUUCAUUUUAAAUAGGAAUAAGUUUUCUGGUCUUUAUUACCACGUCUAUACACUUGAAAGCAUACGGACAAUGCUUGCUGAAAUCUCAGAAGCCAGAAAAAAUGCUGAGGUAGGUUUCCAGUGGUUUGUGAGACAGUCCUAAUUCACAUAGGUGCCAAGAAAAAUCUGGGAUCAGCAGCGCCGCGGCACCGGAAUUCACUUCUAUGCACUUCCAGACAUGCAUAGAAGCGACUUCUGGCACCACUCUGCCCAUUUCCAAAAUGUCCGCAGCGCCAGAAGUUGCUUCUACGCAUGUCCGGAAGUGCAUAGAAGUGACUUCCGGUGCCAGUGCGGCACCAGAAGAACAUGGCCGCCGGCAGGAGCUCCGUAAUCCGGGGGAAUACAGGGUAUUUUGCCAUUCGGGACACCUGCAGGAAACGGUAAGAAAAUACGGGAGUUUCCCGGGGAAAACGGGGUACUUGGCAGCUAUGCUAAUGCACCCCUCCCCUCCGCCAAAAAUUAACCAGAUAUGAAAAAUUGUGCAGAUUUGCCCAGCUUGCACAUUUUACAAAAUAAUCAGAAUUUGGAUUGCUUACUGCUGGUUAAAUCUUCUUUCUUAGUGUGGAGUACAGACUGCCUCAAUUUAGGUUUUUUUGUAUGCUAUAUGAAAUAUAGAAAUGUCUCCUCCUAUACACUCCAGAUCUAGAGCUUCUGAGAAUCUCUCGGUUUAUCUAUUUUAGAGCGCAUGAAGAUUUUUAAUACUGUGUACAGUCUUGGUUUCUCCCAUCUCAAAAGGGUUAACGUAGAGGUGGAAAAAGUGCAGCAGAGGGCAAC